CAUAUUUUACUUUGUUUAAUUUAUUUUUUGGCACUACUAUAAAUCUUAAAUUUUAGAAAAUGACUAGUACAUCUGAAAACCUUAAAAAUGAAACAGCAAAAUCUAAAACCGAUAGUGAACUGUCCCAAUUAUUAAAACAGCGAGGUUCUAUUAGAAGUCGCUUAACUACUUUUAGUAAUUUUUUGCUUCCAUUACAGACAGGUAAGCUUUCGGAUAUUACAUUACCACAAAUUCAGCAAUUACGUUUGCGGUUAACUAAAAUAGAAAAUUUAUUUUCUGAAUUUGAAAAUUGUCAAUCCCGUAUUGAAGUAAUUUGUACUGAUCUUGAUGUGCAAUUAACUGAAAGAGAAGCUACCGAAACUAAAUUUUAUGAAAAUAUAUCAAACGCAGAGUCUUUAAUUAGCUCGCAUCCCUCUAAUAAGGAGAAUAGACGUGAAAGUGUUAGUUCUAAUUCGCGAAAUGAAUUUAACAUAAAAUUACCUGUAAUUAAAUUACCCACUUUUGACGGGAACUAUUUUUCGUGGCUAGAGUAUCGUGAUACUUUUAUGUCCGUGAUUCACAAUAACGAAUCGCUCCCCGAUAUUAAUAAAUUUCAUUAUUUGCGGUCUUCCUUGGAAAAGGGUGCAGCUCUUGUUAUUAAAUCAAUUGAGUUUACUUCUCAAAAUUAUGAAGUUGCAUGGGAUUUAUUAUGCCAAAGGUAUGAUAAUAAAAAAAUCCUCAUUAAUAAUCACUUGAAAGCUUUGUUCAAAAUUGAUCCUAUUACAAAAGAAUCGCAUAAGUCUUUGCGUUACAUUAUUGAUACUGUCACUAAAAAUCUCAGAGCUUUAGAAACUCUUGGACAACCUAUUGAUAAUUGGGACGCCCUCAUUAUAUACAUGGUUUCCACAAAACUAGAUCCUGUUUCUAGCAGUAAGUGGGAAGAAUAUCGAAAUAAUUUAUCCGACUUGCCACUGUUAAGUGAAUUUAUAGAAUUUCUUCGCAAUAGAGCCGACAUUCUUGAAACCAUAGUAGCUAAUAGAAAUGAAAAAUAUGAAAAUAAAAAUGCAUACCAAAGUAAUAAACAUGAACAAAAAAGUUUUUUCACUUCUAAACUUAAACAUUUUAAUUCAACUUCUUGCCCUCUUUGUAAACAAGCUCAUAGGAUAGUAGAUUGUAGUAUUUUCCAAUCCUAUUCUCCUGAACGCAAAAACAUUGAGGUCACGAAAUUAAAACUUUGUUCAAAUUGUUUACGCCGAGGCCACAAGGCCCAGGAUUGUCGCUUAGGCUCUUGUCGAUUAUGUAACGAAAAACAUAACACUAUGUUACAUAAGAAUCUUGAUGAAAUUUCUGACAAUGCAACAAAUAAUAACGAUAUUUCUCCCCAAUCUUCACCGGUUUCCAUGUCAGUAUAUUCUACUGGACAGGUUCUUCUUGGUACUGCUUUAGUAGAAGUCACCAACCCUGUAAAUAAAAAUACUUACCUUGCCCGUGCUUUACUCGACGCUGGCAGCCAGUCUUCCUUUAUGACUAAAAACCUAAAACAAAAAAUAGGACUUAUUAAUCGUAAUCCUGAUUCCUUAAUAAUAUCAGGCAUUAAUAAUGUUCCUGUACCUAUUUCGGACAGUUGUACGUAA